AUGGAAGCAAGAGAUUCAGAGUUGAACCUGGAUGAUUACGCUGAAUUUGAACGACGUGGGCGCUCAUAUACUUGGCCCGAACGUCAGCUAAUUCAUCUUGAAUUGGGUACCGUUACGAUUGGGGCGACAGAUCCAGGCCUGUCAUCAGAAGGAUAUACAUCCGAUCUGCUGUCCCAUGAAUCUAGCACAAAUAUCAGUACUACAUCUAGCAUAAGUUUAACUGAGGCAUUAAAAUCGAAUCUUAGCUUGAUUCCAGAACGGAACUGCACCCAAGCGUUAGAAACAACCUCAAAAAUAGGCUUGAGCAGAGGAAAACAAAAUACCGUCUUGUACUCGAAGAAAGUUCCAUUCCGGACACAGAGUGACAUGCGGCUUUCAGUCAGUGAGAUGGACAACAUGAAACCGAAUGCUGCAGCAUCUUAUCCAAGUUUAUCCCAUUUUUCAGAUGCUUUGCCAACUCUAUUACUAUCAUCGUCAGCACAAACUCAGUCUCAAUUAGUAUCACAUUCCAACCUUAGCGCCAAUCAAAACAAUGUUCCAUCAAAUGGUUGCGCACAAUCCUCCGUUUUAAAGUUGGCUUCAGCAGCAGCGGACACAUCAGGAUUGAUCACUCUGACUAGUUCAGGUGAAAACCUGUCAGACAGUCCGAUCUCCUCACCAACACAUCUCAUUAUUGAUGGUUCAGUCCAAAAUUUAACUAUGGCGUCUGUUGAUCUACAAGCAGUACCCAACUCAGGUUCACAAUUAGCGGACAACCAUCGCAUGGCUAUCAUUAAGUCUUUGACAUCUUCAGAUGCUCUCAGCAGUACUGCUUGUUCAUCAUCUAAUACCUCAAGGAGCUGUACUAAGGGAUUAACACCUACUGUCGCAGAUUUGGAUGUUACCCUGCCGUACUUCUGUGCACGUACAAAUACUGUCGAUGAGUUGGUUGAGAAUGAUCCGGAAAAUCCUGAAGAGCAAAGGCCGGUUAAGAGAAAACGGGUCCGGAAAAGAUUGAAUGGUCUUAUUAGUAUAAAGAAACCAAAUCCUUGGGGUGCGGAGAGUUACUCAGACUUGAUCGCUAAAGCGUUGAAGAGUACUUUUGAUGGUCGAAUGAGACUGAACGAAAUUUACAACUGGUUCGCUUCCAAUGUACCAUAUUUUGGUAAUCGUACAAGUCAGGAGCAAUCAGCAGGGUGGAAGAAUUCAAUUCGGCAUAACCUUUCAUUACAUAGUCGGUUUAUGCGGAUACAAAAUGAAGGUGCUGGAAAGAGUUCUUGGUGGGUGAUCAAUCCAGAUGCGAAACCAGGUAGGAACCCGCGAAGGCAGCGAUCUGCAACAUUGGAGACAACUACAAAAGUAGCGAUGGACAAGAAACGACGAGGUGCACGUAAGAAGGUGAUGGAAAUGCGCGCAGGUGCUGGAGGUGGUACUUUACAUAGCGCUGGUAGUUCGAUUGUUGGUUCGCAGACGUCGGUACUGAGCCGUGAGUUAUAUACUGGUGAAGAAGAUUCAUCGAAUUUUGAACCUUUCCGUUCUCGUACUCAGUCGAAUCUUUCAUUGUCCGGUUCAUCAUCACGAGUAUCGCCAUCGAUGAUAGAGAAUUACGAGAAUUUCGAUAGUUUUGAUUUUCCGCCUUUUGUGGAGGCUGCUAGUGCCAUGCCUCACGAUAUCCUGGACCGCACUAAUGAAAUGAAUUUAAAUCAGAGCGAUAGUCCCGCAUUUCACAGGCCUAUGGCUAAUCCAAUGCUGAAUGGUACCAGUGCACCAACUUCCUCCAACCUAAUCGCACACAUUAAAACUGAGCCGUCAUCCAGCAGGACCGAAAAUAGUGUUCAACCACCACCAUCUUACCAUGAACUGGAUGUUGUACGGGGUGUUCAAAACAUCCAGAAUCCGUUGUUGCGAACACAUCUUAUACAAAAUAGGAUACCGAAUCAACAAGGGGUACCAUACAACGGUAGCUACUCGUCCGGAAGCGGUAGUGUCGCCUCAUCAAAUUGGAUGCACUCAAAUGUGGUCCCUGUCAGUGUUCAUCCUUCAAUAAGCUGUGCUGCACAGCAGUCAUUCAGUGGUAACACAGCAGCUUUACCCAUGGAUUUGGAAAACCUGGCACUUCCUGAUCAACCGCUGAUGGAAGUGGAAAACAUGGAAGCAGUCAUUCGUCAUGAAUUGUCUCAAUCUGCUGGUAGUCAGCUUAGUUUCGACAAUAUUUAG